AGCAGAAACAGACACGGCCGGUGAGAGUCUCGAGCGAGUAAAAAAUUACAAGCUGAAGACGCUCCGCGAUGAUAAAUGGAAACGUACAGCCGUCAAUGAUCGUAUCCAUGAAGGCGCGAGCGAUCAAUGACGAUUCUUGCCGGAAAUGCGAAUAAUCAGCGGUAAUUGCCUGCGCGCAAGUGGAGAAAGACGAAUGAUUGUACGUAAAUAAAUUACUCUUCCCAAAAAAUUGUUCCAUUAUACCUUUCUCUGGCGUAGGACAAUUAAGGGAAUUCGAAGAAUCCUAUGAAAUGAACCGCACGAUUUUUUAGGCCUCGAUCUGAAACGUGACGUCGUGUCUGAAAUUGCAAAUUGCGGACUUCCUCAUUCUUGUGUUCGACUCUUCAAUUCGCUCUACGACUCUAUUUGAAACGCUCUAUUAUGUACGACACCACCACCACCACCACCACCACUACUUGCGCGUCGUAGUUGCACAACGUAAUUCUCUCUUGGAUCGCCGCAGCAGGUUGAUGAUGUACGGCUAGCAGGAUGAUGAUCGAGGUGAUGCCAGGUCUCUGAAAGAGGAAGGAGGGGGGCGAAAUCAUUGGCAGACUCCGAGGAGAGAAAGAGAGAGAGAGAGUGGGAGAGUACAGUAGGUUCAGUCCGCGCCGAACCGCUGUUGAGCGCGGAUACAGUGACUCACGACUUUCGACCAGCUCUGGCCUUUGUCUAUCUUUUGUUGCUCUCGCAGUUGCGUUGACGUCGCGAUCGAUCGCCGUCCAGGUUCCGUCGCCCGAAUCGACGUGACCGAAUGUGUUCCUCCGAUGUGUCGGAGCGCGUCGAGAGGAUUUCACCUGACAGGAAGCUUGAAGACUAUAUCCGGCUACAGUGAGGCGCGAUGAAGGAAGUCCAGGAGCAGCAGCAGCCCGAGUCAAUGGAAUCCAACGAGUCGGUUUCCGGCUCGAACGAGUACGCUUAUCGACCACUUACGACAAAGCACAGAAGAGCUGGGAGUACCGGGACAACCGGUGACGAGGAAUACACCACGGACGAGGAUGAGCUCUAUACGGAUGAAACUGAUUGCGCCGCGUUACAUCCACCGCAUCCUAUUCUCAAGUCGGACCUUGCGAGAGCAGCUACGGAUCUCUUCGGAUAUGCCACGAAGCAUGAAGACGAGGAAGAGCCCACUAGUCUAUUCGACGAGGAUGAUAACAAGUUCCUAGAUAAUAGUUCCAACUCAACCAAAACCACUCCAUUAUUCGCGUACAACGAAAAAUUACAAGGUGUCCUAUCGCGACAUCGAAAUUCAACAGAAGAAAAGUCCUGCGAAAAGCUGAAAUCUCAUGAAGUAGACGUCUCGGAAUCUCAAGCUCAAAGCACGAAACCUUUAGAUUUUCGAUUGAACGAAGCUGAGUCUACAGGAGAUGCUAGCGAUGAGAAAGCUGAUACGGAUUUGAAAAAGGACAAUUUAUUCGAAUCAUCCAAGAAACUUUCUCUCCCUAAAGAUACGCAGCCGGAAGAAUUGUCGAAGCAAGAAUUACUGUGCGUUCCUACAAAGAGCAAUGGCCCGCCAUCGCCUACCACCCUGCAAUGGGGUAGAGCAGUGGCCGAAGUAAAGGAGCACGCAGUGGCGAAGCUGCAGGAGGAACUUAAAAGGGCUCACGAAGAAUUGAAAUUAAAGGACGAGGAAGUAGCUAGACUGUCGCGGAUUAGGCAAGAUGUGGAGACCGAACUAGAGGAACUCACUGCCAGCCUUUUUCAAGAGGCACAUAACAUGGUUCGAGAGGCUAACGUACGUCAGGCCACAGCGGAGCGUCUUCUAGAAGAGAGUCGUAUGAAAUCGGAAGUGCUCGCGGCCGAAGUAGCGGCCUUGAAAACUUUGGUGCUUACGUCUACACCGUCGAGACCUAAUCCCCACUUGCAUCCUCAAAUCGACACCAAGGGACGAAUUAGCAACGGGGAAGAAAAUCAGCAAGGACUCUUUGCGAAGAAACAUCGGAGGUCGCCUUCACACUUUAAUUUAAAGUACGGUCGAGAAAAUUCGCCGCCUGAUUCGCCUGUAAAGGAACAAAGGUCGCCUUUGCCGACCGACAAGGAGACCCUCGAAAGGGAUUGGAAGCGUGAUCGUGAAAAGGAGAAGGAAAAGGAGUACAAGGACUUUGGUCUGGAAGUCGAUCCAAGGGUCCAUACGGAAUUUCUCAGGUGGAAGGCAAACCCUUGCGUCGACAAGAGUGAUCCCUUCGUUGCGAGGGUAUUUAGGGAGGAUAUCGAUCUUUGCUUGGAUUUCCCGAAUAAAGAAUUGGGAGCCAAGGUCAGGCAAGCCGUUUUGGAUGGGAUCAUAUUUAUCGAGGCAGUCAGCGACAAAACAAAACUUGCUUUUCCCAAGAAAUGUGCGUUAUUGGAGGCACCACGACAAUGCCACUAUCGUAUGCGGCUUGGUGAUCAGGAAAACCAGUGGUACUGUAUUUCGCAGAUUUGUCGCAAUCGCAUUAUAGCAGUGUGUGACUUUCUUAAUUAUCUGAGAUACAUCGAACGUGGACUCGUCAAAAGCUCAGUUCAUGAUGUUUACUGGGAGAUCACGCGGCUAAGGAAGGAAAUGGUUUUCGCACGAUUGGGUCUGGCAUUGUCGUCCUGAGGUUCGCGUAGGCGGGACGUCAUCUAGUCUCGAAUUAAUUCGAGUCAAGAGUUUAUUGUUUGGAAAUAGAAUCAGUCCGUGAAUCAUGAAGAAUUUAGUGACGUUCUCGUCGUUCAUCGGCCUUUUGUGCAGUAAAGGGGAGGGUGCAAUGUUGUAAUAUAUAUCUUUGAUAUAUAUAUUUAAAGUCUCUCUAAUUGUGUAAAGUAAUUUUGAUGAUAAUACAACAAUAUUUCUAAAAAAUUUACGUGCCGCUUGGACAAUUGUAUUAUAUAAUACAAUACUACAAAAAGUUAUGAAUUUAUUGAUAAGUUUUUCUAUAAUAAAAAUUUUUUUAUUAUAAUAAUUUAUAGCGUGAUUAAUAUUAUAUAUGCAAUUACAAUUUAUUUCUGCAAUUUAUUACUACAAUUUAUCACUACAUUAUUUCUAAUUUUUAAAACAAACUUAGAAAUAAAUUUAUUAUUAAUUUUGCAAUAAAACAUCAAUUCUUUUGCACGUAAAUUUUUUCGAAAUAUUGCCGAAUUAGCGCCGCCUAUUUGGCAAGUUCUAGAUUUAAUACGAGCAAGCUGUAAGACGGCAAUGAAGCUGAUUACGAGGCUGUGAAUGAUCUUGACAUGCAGAUCAGACAUUAUCGAUGGCUCUCCUAAAUGAAAUGUGUAAAUAAUAGAAGGAAAGAUUUUUGAGACAUUGUAUCACGUUUUUGAAAGUUUAAUUGGACGUCGUCGGACUUGUUGUUAGGCUCAUGUGAAUUAUGACAGUUCAAGCUGAAGCUGUUGAUUCUAUGAGAUAGUUAAUGAUUAAUAAUUAUACUAUAUAUCACUUGACGUCGUGGUUUGGUAUUAACACCGAAAAGAAGAAAAGUUUAUAUUUAAAUAACUAUUUAUAUUUAUGUUCUUUUUGUUACGAAUCAGGUUUUUUUAUUUGCCGUCGUAUGUCGAAUCGUGAUGAUUUUUGUUAUUUUAUUAUGUUAAUUUAUCGAUGUUAUAAGUUGUAUUAAUUGUUAAUUUGACUAAUCGAUUUCAUUAUAUACCUUAGUGACUGUAUACAUUUAUUAAAAUUCUAAAGUGUUUGUACCGUACCACCGAAAACAUAAAAUUAUCAUUUAAACUUCCGAUUAGUUGAUACUCAUUGUUGGAUCAUAAUGACUACAUAUAUAUUUCUGACAUUUUACUCAUAGAGAAGAGCUGCGGACCAUUUAAAUCUCUAAAUCUUCUUAGUGUAAAUAGAACUUCUUGAAAUUUCUCUCAUGUCACACAUAAUGAUUCUAUAUGUCUAUAUCAUAAUCCGGUUAUACGGAACACAUUUGUUUCUACUAUAAAUAUUAGUCUGACAUGUUACAAAAAGUGUACAUUCGUUCAUAUAGAUUAUACAUUAACAUAUUAAUCAAAACUGACAUUUGUCAGUAUCUCCUGGUUGUAUAUAUACAAAUAUAUAUUUUGUUUACUGCGAAAAGAUAUUCAACUCUAAAUUUAAUAAUAUGCUAAUUAAAUUUUUCAAGGUAAAUAGUCUGUGCAAUAAUUUUUUGAUUAAUUUGCUCGAUAAAUCGAAGCAUUCAAACUAUAAAAGUGAUCAAUACAAGUAGUUAUUUCGACAAUGCAAAGAUUUUUUUAUUGUCUUUGUUGUCUUCCAUUAUUUAUCGCGUUCGAUAAUAAAUUUCGCGUGCGAAAGGAAGCCAUUAUGUAGUUGGUUCGUCAUUUUUGAAUUAUGCCAAAUGUACAACAUGUGGCCAACGAAAGCGUACAACGUUCUCUCAAAUGUUAAGAAACAUAGUAAAAAGACUUCAUGUAAGCAUUUCUCUUGUGAAUAGAAAAUCUUAAUUGUAUAUCAUGUAAAUAGUCUUCUAACAUUAUUUGAGAUAGAAACUUGUAUUUAAAACAAAAUAAAGAUAAUCGCCAUUGUAAAAAAAA